AGCCAAAUACUGUUCUCCCGGAAUUUCGGGCCUUCGGAGAAAUGUCGGAUGAUAAGAGGACGCGGUCCAAUUUCCCCACACAGGGUUCUCGUUUCUGACUCCAGCAGGGUACCAUGCCAUCUACUACCUUUCACGUCGACGCGGCGCUAUUCGACAUGGACGGAACUCUUGUCGACUCCACUGCUGGGGUGGAGGGUGCUUGGGAGGUAUUCCGACAGACCUACCCAUCCAUCGACAUCCAUGAAGUUUUGAGCUCUGCUCACGGUGUCCGUACCGUUGAGAACCUUCGCGCCCACUGUGGAGUCACAGAUCCCGACGAACUUGAGAGAGAAGCUGAGCGCUUUGAAACCGCGAUCGUCACCUCUGCGGCUGCUAAUGGACGGCAAGGAAUCGUUCUUCUUCCUGGGGUAGCCAGAAAUUUCGCGGAGAUCACGCCCUAUCACAAAUUGCCUAAUCCUAGUUGGGCCAUCUGUACUUCCGCUACAAAGAAAUAUGCCACUGCGGCCCUCGGCAGCGCAGGUGUCACUAUUCCUGACGUCUUCGUGGUAGCCGAGGAUGUCGAGAAAGGGAAACCUGCCCCCGAUCCAUACCUUCUCGGAGCAAAGAGAUGUGGCGUGAAGCCGGAGAACUGUGUUGUUUUCGAAGAUGCACCUGCUGGUAUUCGCAGUGGCAAGGCUGCAGGCUGCAAGACUAUCGGGUUCCUCACAACCCACAGCAAGGAACUAAUGGAGGCCGUUCAGCCUGAUUUUCUCGUCCCCAACAUGGAUAGCGUUACCAUUCGUCGCAUUGACACAGGCUUAGAAAUCACAGUCAGCACUGAAUAGAUAUAGAUGAAAUAUGCUACUUAGAUGUUCGAGGCUCGUCUAGAGACAUAGAAACACUCAAUGUUAGACUCAUUUAACGCACAGC